AUGAGCACCAAUGAAAAUAACAGUGAAGUGGCCGUUGACAAGGUCGCAGACGAGAAAACUGGAGAUGCGAAAAGUGACCUAAAAGGAGCCAAAAGGGCAGCGGAGGACAAAGCGACGGAAGCGAAAAAGGCGCGAAAAGAAGAAAAUGGCGGCGGAGACGACGAGGCGCACAGUGAAGAGGACGAUUUGGAAGAAGGCGACGGUGAAGAGGAAGACGACGAGGAAGUAUACGAAGGAGAAGUAGACGAGGAGGAGCUAGAAGGUGAAGAAGACGACCUCGAAGAUGAAGAGGUCGAGGAGGAAUUAUUAGGCGAAGAGGAAGAAGAGGAUGCG